AUGGCGACGGAGCUCUCCUCCAUAGCGGCCUCCUUCGCCUCGUUCAAAGGACAGCGGCUGGAAAGACGCGUUGCGGUGCUCAGUGUGGAGCAGGAACUUUGCUUGGCGACCUGCUGGGUCCUGGAGCUUUUAGGCUCGCGCGCGAAAGGAUUCGAUGACGCGGAGGCGCUGGUGGAAGAGGCCACUUUUGACCUGGUGUUGUGUGACUUAGACUUGGCAUCGGCUCUGCUGGAGAAGUUGGCUACGCCUUCAGGAAGACUCUCACUCAGUGUCGUCCUGGUGUGCCCCAAGCGCAUGGACAAACGCCUCCUCGCCAGCUGCCUUGACCGUGGGGCCCGGGGUUACGUGGCGAAGCCGCUGCGUGUCCAAGCCAUCCGUGGGGUGCUCCUGCGCUACGCAACACCGGAGGAGGACGCCGCGACCUCCCCGGCGGGUGGCGGCGCGGGGCACUACGAGCGGGCAGGGCCGUGGCACGUCUUGGGAGGGCGCUGCGUAAGUAACAUCGGGGUCUGUUUGAUCAGAAUGUGCAUCUUGGCGCUCAUGGUAGGAGUUCUAGGGAGAUGA